AAGAAGUACUUCAAUAAAGGUGAAGCGUAGAGAGAUGUUCUAAAGAGUCUGUGUGUGAGAGAAACUUCAAGCCACGGAAGAUGGAGAAUGAAACGGUCAGUGAACUGAACCAAACCGAGCUUCAGCCCCAGGCAGCGGUGGCGCUCGAGUACCAGGUGGUCACUAUCUUACUUGUGCUCAUUAUUUGCGGACUGGGCAUCGUGGGCAACAUCAUGGUCGUCCUGGUGGUCAUGAGAACCAAGCACAUGAGAACCCCUACAAAUUGCUACCUGGUGAGUCUGGCUGUGGCCGAUCUCAUGGUCCUGAUAGCUGCAGGCCUCCCCAACAUAACCGACAGCAUCUACGGUUCCUGGGUCUAUGGCUAUGCUGGUUGCCUCUGCAUUACCUAUCUCCAGUAUUUAGGGAUUAACGCAUCCUCAUGUUCCAUAACUGCCUUUACCAUUGAGAGGUACAUAGCAAUCUGCCACCCCAUCAAAGCCCAGUUUCUCUGCACAUUUUCCAGAGCUAAAAAGAUUAUAAUAUUUGUCUGGGCCUUCACAUCCAUUUAUUGCAUGCUCUGGUUCUUCCUGCUGGAUCUCAAUAUUAGCACCUACAAAGGUGCCAUUGUGGUAUCCUGUGGCUACAAGAUCUCCAGGAAUUACUAUUCACCUAUUUACCUAAUGGACUUUGGUGUCUUUUACGUGGUACCAAUGAUCCUGGCCACUGUGCUCUAUGGAUUUAUAGCGAGAAUCCUCUUCUUAAACCCCAUUCCGUCUGACCCUAAAGAAAACUCUAAAAUGUGGAAAAAUGAGUCAACCCAUCAGAACAAGAAUUUGAAUUUGAAUGCCACUAACAGAUGUUUCAACAGCACUGUGUCUUCCAGGAAGCAGGUCACCAAGAUGCUGGCAGUGGUUGUAAUUCUGUUUGCCCUUUUAUGGAUGCCCUACAGGACUCUUGUGGUUGUCAACUCAUUUCUCUCUAGCCCUUUCCAGGAAAAUUGGUUCCUACUCUUUUGCAGAAUUUGCAUUUACCUCAACAGUGCCAUCAACCCAGUGAUUUACAACCUCAUGUCUCAGAAAUUCCGCGCAGCCUUCAGAAAGCUCUGCAAUUGCAAGCAGAAGCCCACAGAGAAACCAGCCAGCUACAGCGUGGCUCUAAAUUACAGCGUCAUCAAGGAGUCAGACCGGUUCAGCACAGAGCUGGAUGACAUCACCGUCACUGAGACUUACGUGUCGACCACCAAAGUGUCAUUUGAUGACACCUGCUUGGCUUCUGAGAAAAAUGGAUCCCAUUCAUGCGCAUAUUCUUUGACUGACAAACAGGAGGAAAUAUGAACUUCCUCACGAACAUAUUGGACCAGUAUUAAUAAAGGUGAAAUCUUUCCAGAAAAGAAACAAGUACAGUACGACUCAGAAUAAGUUUGCUCCAACUGACCAGAGGUCUUCAUCCAGAAGUCAGUAAGGGCAUCAUGAUACUGACGUGGUACUGGAUGGAACAGUAAGAAAUCAAAUAUUUAAUCCCUAUGAGUACAAGCCACUCCUGUUUUGAUAUACAUAAAAUUGACUGGAGAGUUUAUCUUAAUAUGUGCUUUGUCUAUCUCUGUCUCAAGAAAUUAUCAUUUACUGAGGACUCUGAGCACAGCCUGAAAGUCACUUUGUUUUGAGACUCCACAUGUACCCUUCAAGAAUCUUGAAUAUUGAAUAAUUCUGAAUAAGUAAAUAAACAGAAAAUGUCAUUAGGACAAAUUCAUUUCAUCUUCACAGCCUACAAAUUAAAGUCAGACCAUGACUUUGACAUUGACUUUCUGAUAAGUAAAUCUGUGAAUCUCCAGUCAAAAAAAUAUAACCUGGAUGGGCUGUGGUGAAACACUCCAUUAACUCCAGCACUUGGGAGGUGGGGACAAGUAGAUCUCUGUGAGUUUGAGGCCAGCCUGA